GGCCAAGAUGCGUCCACUGUGUUAGUUUGUUAUUUGUGGGAGCCAUGUGCUGCUCCUGUACCACGGUGCUUAAAGUCUGUACCACGGCUGGUGUACUCUAGAGCCUAUAUCAUGACUUUUGUACCCUAGAAUCUGUACCACGGUUGGUGUACCCUAGAGCCUGUAUCACGGCUGGUGUACCCUAGAGCCUGUAUCACGGUUAGUGUACCCUAGAGCCUGUAUCACGGUUGGUGUACCCUAGAGCCUGUAUCACGGUUGGUGUACCCUAGAGCCUGUACCACGGGCUGGUGUACCCUAGAGCCUGUACCACGGGCUGGUGUACCCUAGAGCUUGUACCACGGGCUGGUGUACCCUAGAGCCUGUACCACGGGCUGGUGUACCCUAGAGCCUGUACCACGGGCUGGUGUACCCUAGAGCCUGUACCACGGGCUGGUGUACCCUAGAGCCUGUACCACGGGCUGGUGUACCCUAGAGCCUGUACCACGGGUGGUGUACCCUAGAGCCUGUACCACGGGCUGGUGUACCCUAGAGCCUGUACCACGGGCUGGUGUACCCUAGAGCCUGUACCACGGGCUGGUGUACCCUAGAGCCUGUACCACGGGCUAGUGUACCUAGAAACCUGUACCAUGGCUGGUGUACCAUAGAACCUGUACCACUGCUGAUGUAUCCUAGAGCCUGUACCACGGGCUAGUGUACCUAGAAACCUGUACCAUGGCUGGUGUACCAUAGAACCUGUACCACUGCUGAUGUAUCCUAGAGCCUGUACCACGGCUGUGUUCAAGCAACCUCCAGACACGAACAAGUGCAGUUCCAGCAAGUGAUUAGCAAGACAUUGUAGUACCAAGAAUUGAGGAAGCAGCCUGUAGCAGCUUCUAACUCCCAGGUUUUGCUACCAUGGCUAUUUCACGUCGAAAUCUGAAAAAACCACAAGUUGUGGAAGAGGAGUCAGACUCGGAGCUUGAUGAAGAUAGUGAAAUGGAGCCAGAAGAUGAUGAGAUGGAAGUGAACGAUGAUGUGAAGAACAUCAAGCAAGAGGUGGAGGACGACGACAGUGACGACAACAAUGAAACUGCUAAAGAAAUAAAAAGAGAGAUACCUGAUGAGAAUGAUAUGGAGGAUAAUUGUGAAACAGAUGAUAGUAGCUCAAUUGAGAUUAAAGAAGAGGAUGAGAGUGAUAUAGACUCUGAGGAAAUUGAUGAUGACCUUAAGGGCACGCCAGAAGCUGACCAAUCUGCUGAGACUGGUCCAGUAAAGAGUGCCAUGAAAAGUGUCAGAUUUGUGCAGGACCACAGUGAUGAAUCUGAGAUGGAUUCUGUUGAUGAUAUUGAUGAUUAUGGCACUGAUGAAAGUGAAAAAGAAAUUGAAAGUGAUGAGGAGAAUAACAAAGAAAGUAGUGGUAAAGGCCUGGCAAAUGUAAUGGCAAAGAUUCUAGCAACGAAGAAAUCUAACAAUGUGAUAUUAUCAAAGGCAAAGAAAACAAAUAAAGUGCAAGAGAAGGCUGAAGAUUCAAGCGAUGACAAUUUUGAGAUUGUAGAUGACAGUGGAAAAAUAAAGAAAGAACCAGACAUCAAGGAAGAGAAAGAGGAACAAGAGGUUCCAGAAUCACAACAUAAGCGAGAACUGCAGAAAAAAAUCUGGGAAAACAGGUUUCGAGUGAAGCCGAAUAUAAAAGAUGAUCGAGAGAAAGAGAGACGAUUAAGAGUGCUAGCCACACAGGGUGUAGUACAGUUGUUCAGUGCCAUUGAGAAACACAAAAAUCUGGUUCAGCGGAAACUGUCAGAAACGCGAAGUAUUAUGGGACGUGAGAAAGUGCUGGAGACGACGGGGAAGGAAGCCUUCUUAGAGGUGUUAAGACAACAAGGAAAAAAAGUGAAGACACCUAAGGAAGAAGAGUCUUUUAAAGAGGAAAUUAAAGAUGAACCUCUGGAUAUACCUGCUAAGAAGAAACCAAGAUGGAAUGUCCUGGCAGAUAAUUUCUACAAGGAGCCAACCUUACAAGGAUGGGACCAACAGAGUGAUGAGGAUUAGUGUGCAUGCAUUAUGUUCUUUACCAGCUUGAAAUUAAAAUAAACUAUGAUAGAUCU